GUUUUUGUUCAACACUUCGACUUCCAAAUUCUCAAAAACCACAGACGCGCUAAUCAUUCUCUCUCACGAAUUCACGAUGACUGACGAAGUAUUGUAACUCUAUUUCUCUUCACAGUCAGAUUGAAUAGUGGCAUCCCCUGCCUGGUUACCACAGAAAUUGCAGUCUUCUUGAGUCUCCAUGUCUGGUCCACCGCGAGGAGGACCCUCUAAUGGUUCUUCAAUGCCAACUGCUAUUCCUAGUGGAAAUGCACUCAUAUCGAAUGGUUCAAGUGGUACCACUAAUGAUUCUAUGCAAGAAUCUGUGCAAGUGAAAUUUCCUAAUCCAUCUGGUCAUGUGGUUCCAGGACCUUCUUUCUCUUACAGCGUGACUCCAAGAGGCAACAGUGCCAGUGGAGGGUCUCAGCAGCCAUCAUCUUCUUCUGUGUCACCCAUAAUCAUUUAUCCUCAAUCUUCUACCUCGACUUCUUCUACUGGGCCGUCUUUCUCAUUCAAUUUCCCACAAGCCAGUGUAGGUUUCACCAGUAACCCACAGUUCCAAUCUAUGAUGGAUGCAUCAACAGUUAUUGCACAUGCUAGCACUGUCUCAUCAACAUCAACCAUCUUACCAUUAACUGUUAAUGCUUCUUCCAGCUCUACAGUGGCUGUAUCGACGACUCCUAACUUGGGCUCUGCAACCUUAUGGACACCAACUACCCUAUCUUUUCCUGUUCCUCCUAGACCUUCUGGAACUCCUGGGAUACUUGCCCCCGCUGGAUUAGCCUUUUCUACAACAGUCACGGUUCCAUCUGCAAUUUCGGUUUCCUCCUCAUCUGUCUUGAGGCCCAAUAUGCCAAAUGUUCCUAACUCUUCUAAUCCAGUUGUGCCGCAGCCUAUAUAUCCUGCCUAUCCAUCUUUACCUGCUAUGGGUGUUUCCCCUCAGGCACACUGGUCAUAUCCUCCUCAGAUGGGUGGCGUUCCUAGGCCACCGUUUCUUUCGCAUCCUGCUGUUUAUCCUGGAUCGUUCCCUUCACCGGUGCAUGUCAUACCUCUUCCUUGGGUUCCACCAUCUGAUUCUCAGCCGCCUGGUGUCACUUCUUUGGCGAUUGCAGGUUCAACUACUGCUGCUGCUUCUGGAAAUCAAUUCGCAAGCCCAUCAGGAAUGCAGCUGCAGACAGAAUUACCUCCAGGAAUUGAUAACAGGAAAUUUGUCCAUGAUGCUGGCAUUACGGACAGAGUUGUUGUAAAUGAACAAGCAGAGGCCUGGACUGCCCACAAAGCUGACACUGGAGUUUUUUACUACUAUAAUGCUGUAACAGGACAAUCAACUUAUGAGAAGCCUCCUGGCUUUAAGGGGGAGUCUGACAAGGUAUCUGUGCAGCCAACUCCAGUUUCAAUGGAGUACUUGGCUGGUACUGAUUGGGCACUGGUUUCAACAAAUGAUGGAAAGAAAUAUUAUUAUAACAGCAAAACUAAGUUAAGCAGCUGGCAGAUUCCAGCUGAGGUGGCAGAAUUGAGAAAGAAGCAUGAUGUUGAAGUAUCUGGUGAGCAUCCAGUGCCAGUGUCAAAUACUAGUGAAUCGACUGAUAAGGUAUCUGCUCCGCUCAGUUUGAGUGCUCCUGCUGUUAGCACUGGUGUUCGCGAUCCCAUAGCUCUCAGGAACCCAGGAGCACUGGGAUCCUCCUCCGCACUGGACUUGGUAAAAAAGAAGUUGCAGGAUUAUGGAGCUCCUAUUACUUCAGCUGCUCCAUCUGUUCUAGCUCCAACUGCAGCAUCAGAAUUAAAUGGCUCAAAGGGAGUUGAGGGUGCAGCUAUGGGCUUGCAAAAUGAGAAUAGCAAAGAUAAGCUCAAAGAAGCUAACGAGGAUGGUAAUUUGUCUAACUCCUCUUCAGAGUCAGAGGAUACAGACAGUGGACCUACAAAGGAGGAGUGCAUUAUCCAAUUCAAGGAGAUGCUAAAAGAACGAGGAGUAGCACCAUUCUCAAAAUGGGAGAAGGAACUGCCAAAGAUUGUCUUUGAUCAACGUUUUAAGGCUAUUCCAAGUCAAGCUGCUAGGAGGUCUAUAUUUGAGCACUAUGUGAAGACACGUGCAGAAGAGGAAAGAAAGGAGAAGCGAGCUGCUCAGAAGGCUGUAAUUGAAGGUUUCAAGCAGUUAUUGGAAGAAGCAUCAGAGGAGAUUGAUCAGAACACGGAUUAUCAAACAUUCAGAAGGAAAUGGGGAAGUGAUCGACGGUUUGAAGCCCUGGACCGCAAAGAUCGAGAGCAUCUGUUGAAUGAAAGAGUCCUUCCAUUGAAGAGGGCUGCUGAAGAAAAGGCUAAAUCAAUUCGUGCAGCUGCUGCCUCGGGCUUCAUGUUAAUGCUUCGUGAGAAAGGAGAUAUAACUGUUCAUUCUCGAUGGUCCAGGGUGAAAGAUGGCCUGAGGAAUGAUCCAAGAUACAAAUCUGUUAAACAUGAGGAUAGGGAGGUUUUAUUUAACGAGUAUAUUUCCGAACUGAAAGCAGUGGAAGAGGAAGCAGAACGGAAGGCAAAAGUGAAAAGGGAGGAACAGGAGAAACUGAAAGAAAGGGAGCGUGAGUUGCGGAAGCGGAAAGAAAGAGAAGAACAAGAAAUGGAAAGGGUGCGACUGAAAGUCCGUAGGAAAGAGGCAGUUUCGACUUUUCAAGCUUUGCUCGUGGAAACAAUUAAAGACCCUCAGGCCUCUUGGACCGAAUCAAAGCCUAAACUUGAGAAGGAUCCUCAAGGACGUGCAACCAACCCUGAAUUAGAUCCAUCUGAUAUGGAGAAGAUUUUCAGGGAACAUGUAAAGAUACUGCUUGAGCGAUGUGUACACGAGUUCAGAGCUCUACUAGCCGAAGUCAUUUCAGAAGCAGCUGCCCAGGAGACUGGAGAUGGAAAAACGGUUCUUAAUUCAUGGUCGACUGCUAAACGCCUCCUUAAACCUGAUCCCAGGUAUACCAAGAUGCCAAGGAAAGAGCGGGAAGCUUUGUGGCGUCGGCACUCUGAGGUGCUGUUGCGUAAGCAAGAGUCAGCGGUUGAUCAAAAAGAAGAGAAGCAUUCAAAUGCGAAAGUGAGAAGUUCUGUCGACUCUGGGAGGUUCCCCUCAGGGUCGAGGAGAACGAAUCAGCGAAGAUAGCUCGAUUGCCCCAGAGAUUUUGUUCUAGGUUCGUGUAGCAUUUACAGAAUUUUGCUUGUCAUUGCUUUUUAAUAUCAAGUAGCUUGGCGCUGAUUUACAUAUUUCUGAAUGUUGUAUUUUAUCAUGCAUCAUCAGAUGCCACCAUUGGCAUUGUCAUCUUUUAGAGCAAAUCAAUGGUUUCCAUCGAUCA